AGUUUGACAGAAAAGGUGAACAAGCCUGAGGUUGUGGUCGUGCGUGAGUAGGUCCAAGUUGGCAGCCAUUUUGUUAGUCCAUUUAGAGAGUUCGCUCGUGGUAGUCGUCGUCUUUCUCGUGCGCGAUCUAGAACACCGUUAAGGAAGAUCUUCAGAACUUCAAAAAACCGACUCUAGAAUUGCAGCCAUGUCGGAACGCGAAAAUAACAUCUACAAGGCGAAGCUGGCUGAACAGGCCGAGCGGUACGAUGAAAUGGUUGAAGCCAUGAAGAAGGUUGCAUCCAUGGACGUGGAGCUGACUGUGGAGGAGAGAAAUCUUCUGUCGGUGGCUUACAAAAACGUCAUCGGUGCACGACGCGCUUCCUGGAGGAUAAUCUCUUCGAUAGAGCAGAAGGAAGAGAACAAGGCCGUCGAGGAGAAGCUCGAAAUGAUCAAGAACUAUCGCUCACAGGUCGAGAAGGAACUGCGCGAUAUCUGCUCAGACAUCCUCGAGGUGCUCGACAAGCAUCUUAUCCCGUGUGCAACGACCGGUGAAAGCAAGGUGUUUUACUACAAGAUGAAGGGCGAUUAUCACCGUUAUCUGGCCGAAUUUGCAACCGGCGGAGAUCGCAAGGACGCCGCCGAAAACUCGCUAGUUGCAUACAAGGCUGCCAGUGAUAUCGCUAUGACUGACCUUCCACCAACGCACCCAAUCCGGUUGGGAUUGGCCCUGAAUUUCUCAGUAUUUUACUACGAAAUCCUGAACUCUCCGGAUCGUGCCUGCCGUCUAGCGAAAGCAGCAUUCGACGAUGCGAUUGCCGAACUGGAUACUCUGAGCGAAGAAAGCUACAAAGAUUCAACGCUAAUUAUGCAGUUGCUUCGAGACAACCUCACCUUAUGGACAUCCGACAUGCAGGGUGACGGAGAAGGUGAACAGAAGGAACAGAUCCAGGAUGUCGAAGACCAAGACGUGUCGUAAUUUGCGCGCGUCUCGUUUUAUGUCAAAACAAACCACUCCCAGAUCAGAGCCACACUCCGCCGUCAUCGCCAUCACUACUCCGCCACAGCAGCCACAGCUACACCACCAAUCGCUAUGUUCUUCACCGUAACAAACACACCACUAUCGCGGCCCGUCCUGUUGGCGGUCCUGGUCGUUGUUCGGGCCUGCCCGCAGCCUCAGCAGCCAGCAGAGUAGCACAGUACGAACGACUGUUGCUUGGCCUGCCUUACCAUGUGCAUCAUAUAUGCAGAAGCCGAAUGAUGUUCGGCGAAAAAUCCAUCACUCGUACCUCGCAUCGGUGCCACAGUGGAAGCACUACGCCGGUCGGUCCACUCAUUAAUCGCUCUCCUUGCUUGGGAUUUGCUAGGUGGGGAGGGAUGGUGGGUGGGGGGGGGGGGGUCCAACAGCAAUAACAGUAAUGAUGCAAUUGAUUGAACAAAAACGACAAAAAGCCAGACGGGGAUCGCCAAUACUGAGCUGAGCGAAGGAGCGCGGGUGGAAGGGGAGGUGGCAGUGACUCCGGUUGAUCGCGCCGGUCAUUUCUUGCUGUCGAAACAAGAAGCUGGGUUGGCAGUUAAAACGUUAAAUUUCACGCAUUUCUCCAGUCCUGCACGAAAUCUUCCUUCUCCUAUUGCAGCUUUGCGUUACCCAACUAACUCUCCUUUUACCAACACCUACAAACACCAGAAUGGCGUAAAACAAAAAAUGUUGCUGUAUGCAGGUACAACGCUAUCCUAAUCAAGCCUAGCCGUACCUGUGACGAAACCCAUGGCAGGGCAGGGUAAAGAUUCUCUCGGCUUUUUUUAAGACACUAACACAACUAAGCGUAAACUAAAUGCAGAAGCGCCAAUAAUCAGCAGGAAAGUUAGAAAAAAAACACAAAAGAAACAUCAAGCAGUGAGCAAAUGGCAAGCAAAAAUGAAGCAACAAAAAUCAUCAAUCAAACCCAUUGAAUGUGUAUUGUUUUUGUCAAUAUAUAUUAAAAUAAAGAAAUUACUAUGAAAACCCGUAAAGCUAUAAAGAAAAAUCGUAGACGCAAGCGAAGGAAGCCUCAUCGCCGCCACCAAGCCGCAAUAAUAAGGAGUAACGAACCGUGGGGAAAGCUGGUCGUCGAUCUUGUGCUCAAAAGUGCAGGGAAAGCGGCGAUCAUGAUGGUGUGUUGUGCUUACAAAAGGCAAUUGAUUGCGAUGGUAGGUGGUGGCGCCAUUUUGGUCGGUUUAUUUAUUAUGAAUAUAACGAUUAGCCAGAGAGCCAUGCGAAACAUUAAUGCGCGCUAGCAAUAAAGGUCUCCCAACUAAAACACACGCACACUCAUAUGAACACUCAUACACAGUCAGGCAGAGCGCAUUUUGAAAAGUGAUCGAGGUAGGAAGAUUGCGAGUCGGGACUUCAAUCGGAUUUGAUCGACGUGCGUAACCGAGUUCAGGAGACGCACAAGGGGAAGAACGAAGACGUAUAACGUGUAACGUAACUGGUUGCGCAGAAAUAGUAUUUGAGGGACUUUUCCUUCCGCAUUUCCUUGUAAUGACUACAAGCUUUAUUUUCCAUUUCAUUCCUAUUUCUCUUUGCGGCAUUAAAUGACUGUUUUGCGUUAGUUAUAGGUACUUAAGUAUUUGGAAAACGUAUUUCUAUGUGUUUGUCUGUUGGGUUUUAGUUCGGUAUUGUUCCCGCCUCUCGAUUCGUACUGCAUUGUAACGGGCAAUUCAAAUUAAACCGAGAAUCGUAUCACACCUGGACAGCAGGCAGGACUAGAUUCCAUUAUCGACACUACUUAUCCAUCGGAAACAUACAUUGAAACACACACACACCCAAAAGCAAAACGGAACGCAUCAUCAUCGCUUGCCGACGUGCGGCAAACCGAGAGAAAACUGCAAUAAAUGUGUGCGGCCGCUGCUCAAUCAGUUCAAUAUAUGGGCGGACGGCAAUACAUGUGAGAUGGCUUACCAUCGCAAACAAUAACAAAGUUUAGCUACACGAUGUCCAACACGUCGCUAGAGCGAUAACAUUUCACAUCCACUACACGGCAAAGCAUGUACACACCUUGGGGCGUAAGGAAAAGAAAAGCGUAGAGCAAACGUUUUGUUACUAAAGCAAAGAAUACGAAAUACAUCCGUGCGGGCGCAUAAUAAGUAACGCGAGACGAUAGUUAAGCAAACUAGCACUCUCGAAUGAGCGCAGAAUACAGAAGAAGAAACAAACAAGCAGUGAGCACACAACCGUAGAAAAAGGACACGGAAAUACGUGGCAAAUGAACCAUAGUUAAAGCAAAACGGUGUGAGAAGCAACAAUACCGCAGGAGCAGCUACAAACAGAAACACACACCAAUACACAGACACACACACACACACACACACACAAGAUGAAACAAGAAAUGAAAAUAAACAAUUGUA